AUGAAAUAUCUUUCUUGUUUUGCACUUUUUGCGUUCGUAUGCCUUGGGGCCGCGGCUAGGGGAGGAGCUUCUGGAAAGUCCACUAGAGACGAAAGCGAUUACUCAGACAAUCCCCUAGACAGAUGUGAAUGCUAUGUGGUUUCAGGGCCCGAGCCGGGGUAUUUCCAGAACUACAGGUUUUACGACUUCCGAUCAGUCUCCCCGGAGAAAACCUGGUCGGCAAACUCCAAAUCGCCGAAGCCGGUCCAGAACAUACCCUCCAACUCGAACAAGGAAUCUCGCAUACACCUUGAAGAGACAGGCUUUCUCGACGACUGGGAGAUCCAGGACUGGAAUAGAGAUGGGUCAUUGCUGUACCCAAUCCCUAUUCGGAACUACUAUGAAAAUGUUUUCGUCCUUGAAGAUACCACGAACAAGUCGACCGACUCGACCUACUUAGCUCUUCGAACUCAGAGACUAGAAAACCAUACCUCAACGGCAGAGAUUGAAACAUACAUCUACAACAUUUUUCGUUGUUCGCUCAGGGUUCGACUGCGCCUUCAUGCUGGGCGACAUGGACGGCUUGAGGAUGUGGAUGACGAUGAGGAUGGGGAUGGAGAUGGGGAUUGGGAUGGGGACAGGGACGAAGAUGAAGACGAUCUUGGUGUCGAUAAAGACACAAUCCCAUCCAGUGACCGUAAUCGUUCAAAAAUAUUUCCAGUUAAUUUCCGCCUGCGACCACCACCUAAGGGAGCGGUAGCCGGUAUUUUCACGUAUUACUCCAGAACGGUUGAGUCGGAUAUUGAAAUAUUAACCUCUGACCCUUCAACACAAGUCCGCUAUGCCAACCAACCAGAUUGGGAUCCGAUAACGGACCUGGAGAUACCAGGGGCGAGCACGAUAGCUCAACUUCCCAUUCCCUGGACAACCUGGGCAACCCACCGCCUCGAUUGGUUUCCGAAUAUGUCGCGUUGGUAUCUCAAUAAUGAUCUUCAAGACGAGAAGGAUUAUCAUGUUCCUGAUAAACCCAGCAUGCUUGCUCUGAAUCUGUGGAGUGAUGGAGGCGAAUGGUCGGGCAAUAUGACGAUUGGCUCUACAGUGCUGAUGGGCAUUGAGUGGAUCGAGGUUGCUUACAACACUUCGAACACUGAUGAGCUACCCGAACUUAAUCGAACGCGUUUUAUGGGGCAUGUUAGAUCUUCUGGGCGUAACCAUCCUAGGCCAAUAUUAGAUGAGAGCAUCAUGGCGAAAUCGAUGCAUCAUUGGGAAAAGCCAAAGAAACAUGGCUUGAAAAAGGAGGACUUCAAAGAUGACUCCGAGGAGAGCGAUUAUGGCGACGAGAAACAUCUGCAUUGUCUGGUCGGAUGUCGAAUUGACGAUGUGGAAACCGUCGGGAAACCAGAAAUUCUGUGGGACUAUUCGCAGCCGCAUUGA